CUCACCAUGACGUACAUAUAACGAAGGCGAAGGUGAGUUGCAAGACAGCAAACGGAAGUGUCAAGUCCAAGUCGCAACUUCUUCAACAACAUCUUGAACAAAGUCAAAAUGACGAACCCGAAGACUGCAAUCAUCUCGGGCGGCGCACGUGGCAUCGGACGUUGCCUGGUUCGACGAUUCCUGGAGAGAGGAUACAAGGUCUACGUUUUCGACAUUGACGAGGAAGAGCUCAACCACACUGUGAAGAAUCAUCUGAAGGAGUACACCGACAAGGGCUUUCUGGGGGCGAGCGUCUGCAACCUCAGGAGCGUUGAUGAAAUCCGCGAGAAAGUCGAAGAAGCUGCAAAGUUCCUCCGAGGGCGGAUUGAUGUGCUGGUCAACAAUGGCGGCAUCGCAAAUCCCAAGUGGAAGGACGACGAGACCAUGUUCAACAAGGAGACCUUUGCCCAGUGGCAAGCGUAUGUCGAAACCAACUUGACAGCUCCAUUCGCCGUCUCGCAAGCUGCCCUUCCAUACAUGAAGAACGAACAGAGACAACACGAUCACGACACAAGCGAAGCUGGUCCGUGUAUCAUCCACAUCGGCUCCUUCCGUGCCUUCCAGAGCGAUCCCAAUCAAGAAGGCUACGCAUCGACCAAAGCUGGGCAGCUGGGCUUGAUGCACAGCAUGGCUGUCAGUCUCAAGCCUUACGGUAUUCGAGUCAAUCUGGUUGCUCCUGGUCGGAUCAAGGUCGCCCACGAGAGCAAGGAUGGGGAUGACAAUGGGACGCAGUGGUCGGAGCUCAACGAGGAGAAGGAUGUGGCCGAUCAUCUCGCCAAUCGUGCAGGACGUCCUAAGGACAUCGCUGAUGCUGUCGAAUACCUCGUCAAUGCUGGAUUCGUCACUGCGCAAGAGCUUAUCGUAGACGGAGGUGCCACAAAGACAAAGUGAAGAGUUGCGAGUCUGUCAAAAUCAGUGACUUCGCGACAGUAAGCGCCCUGAAAUAGCAUAGAUGAAGAAAAGCUUAUAGCCUUACUACGCC